UUUGCUAGUCACCGAAAUUACCCUGCAGCUUCCUAUCAUGUGCCGUUUCGCGUCGGAUGUGGGCGGCUAAAGCCUCCCCAAAUCGGUUCAAUGUAACUCUCUGAAACGAUUAACUUUUCUGCAUGUCCAAUAGUUCUAUGAAAAUGGUCUCCAAGGCUGGCAUCGGUUUCAUUGGCGUAUGUUCUCCCUGUAAACAUAGCGGAUCAAUUUGCUACACCUGCAUUGCAGGAGCAGGGUCGCGAUGUGAAGUUACAUUUCACCCAAAUUAAUGCUGCGUUUAUCUUCAGCCCCAACGCUAAGUCGUGUUACAUUAUGAGUGUCUUGCCCUUCGAUCAUCGUCUUCUCUGAGGACCGAGUAAAGUUUUCUUGCUGCUGAUUAUGUUUUCGCUACACCGGGAAUUGUCCCCGCGAGCGGGAUUUAUGGACAUCAGCAUCCAAAGCAUGGAUGGAUUGUUACCAGGUUCAAAAUCGAAAAAACCCGAAAUAUCCUAUAAAACUAGUCUAGCAACUCGUUACGUCGGUUUCCUUGGUUUGAUUAGUACAACAAUUCUCAGCAGCCUCCUUCUAGUAGCGGAUAGACGAAAUGCAUCGGUAUCUGGCGGUGUCGUCUACGACUUGAUUGUUAAAAAUCGAGCAUCCGUCCAGAUUGUCGUUCAAAUCAUCGCAGCUGCACUCGGACUUGCACAGGUAGCGGCGAUAUGUCGACUUUUCAACUAUGCUACUCGGAUACGAUUGAAACAACGAGCAAUUUCCCCUAAUCUACUGAACUUCUGGAACGGAGUUAGUCUAGCUUCGAUGCGAUGGGACUUACGUUGGAUGUAUCUUCUACUUCUUCUUAUGUUCACUCUCGUUUGUGCAAUUCCUCCAGCACUAUGGGCUGGUGCAAUCACGCCUAUUGACUCGUCUAAAUCUCGUCCAACAACUGUCGUCAUCCCCCAAUACUCAAACAUGACUUCAGUCAAAGAGUGGCCUUCCGAGAUUGAUGCCGACGGUCCUCAAUUCAGAAACGAGAAAGGAUUUUUCACUUAUUCUCCUGCCAUGCACUACCUUGGACUUCUUUCACAAUCUCUCUCUACCGCUACAACCAUGGAUGGUUCGUUACGCCAACAUGCAAAGUUUGACAACUCAAAAUACCUGUACGUUGGUCGUUCAUACGGAAUAGGCGCAUCAGUAGGCCUUGCCGAUGAUGAAAUCUUGGGCAAUACCAUCGCCACGGGGUAUACAUACCAGGAGCUAGGGUACGCAGCCAUGACUAAGUGUAUCUAUAACCAAACCUCUGAUUUCACCUUGGUUCACAAUGGAGGGCAAUUGUUCGCAGCCAGUGGACGACUUCCCGACUCUGGCAUCAAUAACACUGGAGAAUAUUCUGUCUACAUUGGACAUUCAACUAAUUCCCUCGUUGCCAUUGGCGUUGCUGCCAGAAAUACAGGUUACAAUCCAAGGUACCUUGCCAUUGCAGCUGGAAGUUAUUACGAUUAUUUGAACACGACUCAGUGCAGGACUGAGUUCGUCCCAUCACUGUUCAAUGUAUCUGUCGCACUCGCAGGCAGAAACAUCACCGUCACACGAGCGAACGUGUCGACAGAAGAUAUUGAACCCAGCGGCAAUCUUACGCAUGUAGUUGAAAGACAGUUUGAGUUGGCUUCUAACGAUUUGACUGGUAUUUAUCAGAGCGUUAUUGGAACUGCGCUGAAUUUCAGCAUCGCUGAUUAUCAAAGCUACGUGGACAGCCCUUCUUUCAAUGACAUCAGGCCCACCGAUGAAGAGAUAAAUUUGAAGGGAAUCGAGAAUUCUGUCACAGCAAUGAUGGAUGACCUAUUAGUCGCAUACGCGAGCGCACAAUUGAUGAUUGCGAACGAUACCAAGACCGUAAAUGCUACAGUCACUUACGCCGCAGUUCGCCUCGGCCAGCCUAUUUAUGUAUACUCUGUUUUCUUGGUCAAUCUUGCAAUUAUACUUAUAGUUGUACUGGAAGCCUUCAGGACUCGGGGCUGGACUCAUCUUACAACUUUUGAUUAUAAUGAUUUGAGCUCGCUUGCGACUGCUAGCUCUAGAGGCGGAUAUCAUUUGGCUAAUGCCCUUACGGCUGUUGCCCGAAAGGUGGAGGAUGUCAAUACAGAUUUGAUAUUACGACAGACGAGUACUGGAUUUAGUUUAGGGUUGGCGGCCGUAGAAACAGAGGAGAAAUUUCAUGGUUGGAUAUGAUUGUGUCAGCAGAUAACUGUUGUGUCAUCAACAACCAAGCUCUCUGAUAGUGUCAGUGUUUCGAAUUCAAAAUAAUAAUUCACUUCCAAUUUAAAAAAAAU